AUGGCUAUCCAGAAUAUGAGAGUAGCAAAUUUUGUGUUUAAAAAGCCAAUGGUACUUGGCCAUGAGUGUGCUGGAAUUGUAGAACAAGUUGGUAGCCAAGUGAAGUUUAUGAUGAUCGGUGAUCGUGUUGAUUUGGAACAUGGUAUUAGUUGCAGGCAGUGUCAACUAUGCAAAGACGGCCACUACAAUCUCUGCCGUAAAAUGAAGUUUUAUGGCUCUCCUCCAACUAAUGGUCCUUUAGCCAACCAGGUGGUGCAUCCCGCACAUCUAUGUUUUAAGUUACCUGAUAAUGUAAGCUUGGAGGAAGGUGCAAUGUGUGAACCUUUGAGUGUUGGUAUCCAUGCUUGCCGUCGUGCCAAUGUAGGUCCUGACACCAAACUAAUCAUCAUAGGUGCAGGACCUAUUGGCCUACUCACUAUGCUGGCAGCUCGUGCUUUUGGAUCACCCAAGAUAGUCAUCAUUGAUGUGGUUGAUUGUUGCUUAUCUUUCGCGAAAGACAUGGGUGCUAAUGAGAUCGUUAAAGUUCUUCCAUUGUGCAGGUUCUCCCUUCCUUUUUCCUCCUCAUCAGCAGAUGUGGAGGAGGAAGUGGUGCGAAUACGUAAUGCAAUGGGUGGUCCUGUGGAUUUGAGCUUUGAUUGUGUUGGUUUUAAUAAGACUAUGACAACGGCUCUUAAAGCCACCCAUGCUAGUGGUAAAGUAUGCCUUGUUGGAUUAGGCCAGAGUGAGAUGACUCUCCCUCUUACUUCAGCUGCAGCAAGGUACUUGUCAUGGAGCAGCUCGAGUGAUAGCCGCUUCAUCACAUCUCUUCAUGUUCAUUAA